GGGAAAGUUUUCGUUCGUGCGGUUCGCGGCACCGCUUCUCUCUUCUUUCCCUUAGGAGCGGGCGGGCGCUCUCCGCAUCCCUUCCUGCCGCUGUGGGGCCUGUGAUCUCCGGCUAGAGGCUGACAGAACGACGCCGGCGAUGGCAGCGGGGCGCCUGGAGGCGGCCGCAUCGCGGGUGGCUGUGCUGGAGGAAGAGCUGCGGUGCCUGGCGGAGGAGCUGAGCCGCUGUCAGGCUGAUAAAGAAUUUGUGUGGUCUCUUUGGAAACGUCUCCAAGUGUCAAAUCCAGACCUUACGCAAGCUAUCAGUUUAGCUGUGGAAAGAGAAAAGCAGAAAGCUGAAGUCAAGGACAGAAAGAUAUUAGAAAUUUUGCAAGUUAAAGACAGCGAAAUAGAAACCCUAGAACAGAGACUCUCAGGCCAGCAGCAAGAGAUAAAUAACUUAAUUCAGAGAAAAACUGCUGUGGAUGAAGAAAAUGCCUGUUUGAAGAAUGAAUUCAGUAAUUUGAAGCAGAAAUUUAAAGAUAAAAGCCAAGAACUUAAGGACACUGAGGAGUGUGCACAGAAGAAAGAAGAGCAAAACAGACUGGUUAUAAAAAGCCUGGAGGAGGAAAAUAAGGGAUUAAAUGCUUGCUGUGCUGACCUGCUAAAUGACCUGGAGAAACUGAGGAAGCAGGAGGUGCAAUGGAAAGCAGAAAAAUCUGGCAGUGAUGCCAGAAUAAAGACGUUGGAAACCAAUUUAACAGAUGCAAGAGAGCAACUGAAAGAGUUAAGCAGUAAAUGCAGUAACUUGUCAUCCCAGCUAGCUGUGAACCAGAAAGAACUCACCCAAAAAGAAUGUGAUAUGAACAGGAUUAAGAAGGAGUUACAGGAGCUGCAGAAUCUUUACAAACAAAACAUUGCACAUAUGGUACAGCAGGCUCAACUGAUACAGCAGCUUCAGACUCUUAAUACUGACACACAAAAAGUACUGAAGGAACAGGAAGAUGUGCACACAACUGAAGCAAUAUCAUAUCAAAAACUUUAUAAUGAAUUGACUUUGUGUUUUGAAACUUUAAAAACAAAUGAAAUUCAGCUGCAACAAAGGUAUGCCUCUCUUCAGGAUCAAUUACUUGGAAAAGAUCAGAAGAUUUGUCAGUUACAGGAACAGCUUCAGCAGGCUCACGAUGCUUUGAAUAUGUUACAUCAGAAUUCUUCUCAUGACUUACAGGAAUUUCAGCAGCCUUCUUUAGGGGAGCUGGAGUGUCUUAUCAGCAUGCAAAAAUCUGAAAUUGAGCUUUUAAAGGAAAAAUUGAAAAAAGCGAGUCUUAACCUUGUGGAACAUAAUUUAUACACUACAGAUACUCUGAAAACCUGCAAUGUAAGGACUGGAAGAAAGCAUGAGGAACCACCUGUGAAACGUUCAAGGUCUCUGUCCCCAAAGAGCUCUUUCAGAAAGUCAGAGGAGGUAAGGAAACUUAAAAUAGCUGAAAGGAAGAGUGAAAACUUAGAGAAGACCCCAAAGCUAAAGACUCAAGAAACUGAUGAGCUAAGAGCAGCCCAUGAAAAACGCAAAGAAAGGCUGCAGAUGUUACAGACCAACUACAGAGCACUAAAAGAGCAAUUAAAGCAGUGGGAAGAGGAUGAUAGCAGGACUGUAAGCAGUAAAGGCAGAUACCAGCGUGCAGAUGCCUGCCAGCUUUGCCAGGAGGAUUUUGCUGCUAUGUGGAAUGAACUGGCUUUUUUCAAAAUGGAACACGAAAAACUAUUGAUUGAAAAACUGAGUCUUGAAGAGGAAUUAGAUCAGAUGAAAGUACACCAGUCUGUGGGGUUACUUUUUAAGCUUAGUGAAGAUGAUGGGAACAAGAACAGUACUCCAAAGAAGAAUGUGGAAGCCAGUUCAGAUCAGAGGCUACAGAAGGUAGAACAACUAGAAAGAAGAUGUAGAACUAUUGAAAGGGCAAUAAGGAAACAGAAAGAAGUAAAUGAGGACUUGCUGAAGGAGAAAAAUGAUUUGAAAGCAUCUUUACAAUUGGAAAGGGAAGAUGCAGACACAAGAGAAAGAGAGCUGGAAAAACUACUCAAGAGGAUUCGUGAAAUAAAAAAAGACAAUGCAGAACUUCAGAUAGUGAUUGGUGAUCGGGAAAAAGAAGCUGCUUCCUUGAAGAGGCAAGUGGCAGAAGCUAACAGGUUGAGAAAUGAAAAUGAAGAUUUGCUGAGUCAAGUGGAGGAGCUGACGUGUUUGCUGGGUGAAGCCAAAGCAGCGGCAACCUCUGGGCAAUGUAAUUGCAAGAUAACAGGCACCAAGGUUAAAUUAAAAGCAGCCAAGAAAAAGAGCUCUUUGGGACAUCAUGGAGCUUUUCUCAAACAGUCCAUCAAGGUUAUGAGUAAUGUAUUUGAGAACUUCCGUAAGGACGGCUGGGAGGAUGUGAGUGAAAGCAGUGACUCUGAAAUACCAACUCCUGAGAGUCUGGAAGCAGUGACUAUGAAGAUAGUGCAGGAUAUUGAUCUGUUACCAGACAGAAAUAAACAACAGGGAAAAAAGCAAAUACAAGAUGGCAAAAAGCCCUGCAACACUGCACAUUUAGAAGGCAAAAGCCAGCGCUACAAGAAGAAGAGCCAUUUACAGAAAAAAGACCUAGAAAAGUUACAGUCCAAGAAGAGGAAGAUCCACUGUGUCAUAACAGCUUAUCCAUCAUUUCUAAGGAAAGUGAGCAGAACGAAAAGCAGAAACAUCAUUUUCCAGAAACAAGGCUAUUCUGUUACUCUACUUCAGGAAACAAUUAAGUCGUUGCAGCAGCAGAUAGGUGUUUUACUGAAUGAAAAACAGACAGCAGUGUCUUCUGUGAAGGAAUUUAAAGAAACAAAUGAAAAACUAACAACUCAACUACGUUUGGCUGGUCAGAGACUACAAAGUAGUAAAUUGACCAUACAGGUGUUGACCGCCAACCUGGCCAAAUGGCAACAGGAAAAGGAAGAUUUACAAGGAAAAUUGAAGUUGAGAGAACAUCUGUCUCAAACUGCUGGCAAGAGUGAAGUCACACCAGCUCCUUCAAAGAACACUGAUUUAGAGAUGAAACAGCUGCAGUGCAAACUAAAGAAUUCAAAUAGUGAAAUCACUAAGCAAUCAGCGACCAUUAAGACACUGAAAAACGAAGUCCAGGAAAAAGAAGACCGGAUUCGGGAACUCCAAGCUAAGAUUUCUCGGUUGGAGAGAGACCUUACUAUGAAAAGACAUUUGAUAGAAGACUUAAGAUCUCGUCUAAAAGCAAACCAAGAAAAUGAGAAAGCCUGUAAGGAAACGCUAGAAAGUCUUGAGAGAAAGGUAAAGUCACAGUCUGAAGACUGUUCAAACAAAAAAACUUCCAUUGACUCACUGAAACAAAGACUUAAAGUAGCUAUAAAUGAGAAGUCUCAUUAUGAGCAGAUGUAUCACAAGGCUAAAGAUGAGCUAGAGAAAAAGGUUCUCAAGCUGUCCAAUCUAGAGAGCAAAGUGAUUGAGACCGAAUAUGCUAUGACUGAAAUAGAGGCUGCAGCAUCUCAACAACUACACGGAUUGGCAAAACAGAGUGGGCAGGCUUUGGAAGCUGUUCAAAAGAAGCUACUGCUCGCCAAUGACAAAAUAGACGAGUUCAUGACGUUUGUGAAGGCUCUCACCAGAGAGAUACACCAUAGCGUACAAGAGCUGAGAAUAAAAGUCAAACAGGCAAAAAAAAUGGAAGAAGCAAGGGCAUGUAAAAAAGGCCUUUCCCAAGAGUCUGUUCAGUUGGCAGCGUCUAUCCUUAAUGUUUCAACAGCAGAUCUUGAGGAGAUAUUAGAAGUAGAAGAUGAUGAGGAAACAGCAAAGGCAAAAAUGGAAUCUGAAAAAGACAAAGAAUGGCUGCUCUGUAUACAGAAACUUCUUGAAGCACAGUUUCCUUUUGCCUCAUAUUUACUGGAUGCCAUACUGGCAAAAUUAAAUGAGAAGAAGAAACUCGGAGAAGAGUACAGUUCUCUCAUGAAGCACAGUCUAACAUAGGAAUCUUCAAAAAGGGCGACUAAAGUGUGUGCUGUCUAACGAUGUUUUUCCUCUUCGCAUAAAGAACUGUCAAUAUGCAUGUUCAAUACAUAAAAAGAAGCUGUGAACUAAUUAAUUGUUGAACAAGAGGAAUUAAUUAUGUUCCUGUUUAUAAAGAAGUGUAGUGUUUCAUUCUUGAAGACAAAAAUUGCUGCACAUCAAUACAAAGUUAAAGAUGAAUUUCCUUUAAAUGCUUUGGCAGUGCAUAGCAGCAUGAGCUUUGUAGAGAGAAGAUGUUUUUGAUAUGACCAAUACAGAUCCGUACAACUCAGUAAAUACAGAUAACACCCAAGUGACUCCUGAUAGUACUGGUCAGAAUGGUAGAACUAGGAUUUGCAAAGAAUAUGAGAAUGUAAUUGCCAUUUUGAAUACCUUAUUUUGGCCUUUUUAUAAACGCCAACUUUACGAUAUAUGCCACAUAAAAUUGUAUGCACUCUCUCUGUCAGUAAAUGAAUGAUUGUAGAAGGAAAACUAUACAAUGCAGAGUAAUAAUCCUCAGAAAAGUUGUAUUUUCUUCUAAGUUGGACGGCACUGUGUGCGAUGAAUUUAAUUAUAUUUUUGAA